GGCGCCGCAGAGAGCACAAAGAGCUAGAGCCUGCAGAGCGUCUAUUCAUACCGCAGACAGAGGGGGAACAGACGGCAUCCGCUGGCAGAAAUAACCGAGCAUAACCUGCACGGUUCACACCCAGAGAUACCCCUACCCCACAUUUCUACUCUGGGUCUCCAAAUAGGAAGAUAUAUGUGGAAGAGCAAUUGCGCUUGGAGCCGUGGAGUUACUGGGAGCAGAGGAAGCGCCAGUCUCGUCGCAGGGCCCGUGUGACUCAUUGAUAAAUAACACAGUCUCUCUCCGGCCAGAUGCAUGAAUGACUGCCAGUAUAGGCAAACCGCACUCGGGAAAUCUGUGAAGGAGACCCGCGUGUCUGUUUAUCCGUCUCAUCCCAAAGUGGACGGGACUUUUGGAGUGAGAUUUUUUUUGCCCUAUUUUGCAUUUUGACUCUUUCUCCUAUACAAAAAACAAUCUUUUUUUCUUUUUUUUACAUCAUUGCUUGUGUUGCUGAGGCACCUCCGAGCAGCUGACUGAAAAAUAAAUCCUAGACAAACUGGUUGCUUGCCUCAUUCCCGCUGCAGCCAGGAAGUCACGAGCGCUCAAAACCUUGCUUCUUCAAAUCGUUUUUUACUCCUGCUUAUAAAUGCUUGACAAGCUCAAGCCCGUCGUCCAGCUCGACUCGGUAAUGGCGAUCAGCAAGACGGUGGGCUGGCUCCGGGAGCAGCUGGAGACGCGCAGGGACGGCCUGCUUGUGAUGGACUGCCGGGCCCAGGAGCUCUACGAGUCGUCGCACGUCGACACGGCGAUCAACGUGGCCAUACCGAGCCUCAUGCUCCGCCGGCUCAAGAAGGGCAACCUGCCCGUCAGGUCGCUGCUCUCCGAUGGAGAGGACCGGGAGAGGUUCGUGCGACGGUGCAAGACGGACACCAUCGUGUUAUACGACGAGUACAGCCGGGAGUGGAACGAGAAUGUGGACGGGGGCUCUGUGUUGGGUUUGCUGCUGAGGAGGAUGAAGGACGAAGGCUACAAGGCCUAUUAUCUGGAGGGUGGCUUCAGUAAAUUCCAGGCCGAGUAUCCAGCUCUGUGCGAAACCAAUCUGGACGGCUCCUCCAACACCAGCUCCCCCACCGCCCAGGUGCUGGGUCUCGGCGGGCUGCGGAUCAGCUCCGACUCCUCGGACAUCGAGUCUGAUAUUGAUCGGGACCCGAGCAGCGCCACAGACUCGGACGGCAGCCCGCUGUCCAACCCGCAGCCCUCCUUCCCGGUGGAGAUCCUGCCGCACCUCUACCUGGGCUGCGCCAAGGACUCCACCAACCUGGACGUGCUGGAGGAGUACGGCAUCAAGUACAUCCUCAACGUGACUCCCAACCUGCCCAACCUCUUUGAGAACGCAGGGGAGUUUAAAUACAAGCAGAUCCCCAUCUCGGAUCACUGGAGCCAGAAUCUCUCUCAGUUCUUCCCCGAGGCCAUCGGCUUCAUUGAUGAAGCUCGAGGUCAGAAGUGCGGCGUCCUGGUCCACUGCCUGGCCGGCAUUAGUCGCUCAGUGACUGUAACGGUGGCCUACCUGAUGCAGAAGCUCAACCUGUCCAUGAACGACGCCUAUGACAUUGUCAAGAUGAAAAAAUCCAACAUCUCACCCAACUUCAACUUCAUGGGCCAGCUCCUAGACUUUGAGCGCACGCUGGGCCUCAAGAGCCCUUGUGACAACCGCAUCGCUGCACCAAGUCAGCAGCUCUACUUCACCACCCCAACCAACCACAACGUCUUCCAGCUGGACCCCCUGGAGUCCACGUGAGGUCUGCCGUCACCAUCCCUCUCCUUGCUGGAGGUUUCAUGGGCCUCCUGGUGGAAAAGCUGCAAAAAGUUUCUCUUUUUUCCGUCGUCUGCCAUGGGACCGAGCUCUUUCUGCUAUUGAUACAGCUGGUUUGAGGCGACUGCUGCUGAGCGUGGUUACUGGAGGGCCAAAGAUGUCUGGCCAAGACGCAGUUGCUGUUGACUAAAUGGGGAGAGACAGUAAAAGAGACAGAGACAGAAAAGAGGAAGAGAGUCGUUUAAAGAGUGCAGAUACUUUCUUCAAUCUUAUAUCACUGUUGGACUCCUGAGGUCUUUUAUCUCUUUUUGUCAUUAUGUCUGAGGAAAGUUACAGUGAUCCGUCGGACAGAUAAACAUUACGCUUCAAAGCUCCUGGGCUGGUGUGCCAAAGAGACAUGAUUGUUCAAACUGGACAGAUCUAAAAAUGAAUCCCUUUUUAUGUUUGUUUUGGGGUAUAGCACUGGUUCUCCCAAGGCAUCCAGGCUCAUUGUCUCCUUCGUCUUCUGUGAAGACAUGCCUGUUUGGGGUUGAAGCACCCCAGCUUUAAAUGGCACACUAUAUACUGGACUCGAUUUUACAUUUGUGGAGUCUUUUCACACAUUUAUACAUGUUGUAUAUAUCUUAUUAUAAAAGACAAUACAGUAAAAGCCUUGUUCUAGUAUAUACCCUUUGCAACAAGUGGGUACUAAAGAUUCUCUUUGUUUCAUAUUCUAAUUUUAUGUAAGCAAACAAACUGCAUAUUGAUCAGUAUGUUGAAGUUGAUUAUGCCAAAAAUCAAGUAGGCUUUCUAAUUGUGCAAAAAUCUAUACAUGUGUAAUAUAUUUGAUAAUUGCUUUAUGUGUGAAUUCAGCCGAUGGGCCUUGUUUUUGCACCCACCCUCCCACAAAUCAAAAGUCACCAUGGUGGUUUGCCUUACUAUUUGUGCCCAGAAGGUUUUAAUUGUGUAUUAGCCUUCAGAGAAAUUUCCCAAUUUUCUCAACUCUACAGCACACAAAGUCAUCCAAACCUUGAGCAGUUUUUAAUUUGGCACCACAUAACAUUUAACAGAACCAAGUUUGUGUUAGAAUGGUCAACGUGUUGUCUGGAAAGGUUAAUGUGAGUAAUCCUGAUACGUGCACAAGGGUUAAAAUCUCUGACAUGUGGACAAAUUAGGAGGCUUUGCUCACCUCGUCGCUUCAGGGAAAACUCAUGCAGUUUUUAUUUGUCAAGAUGAGAGAAAAGUGUUGCACCCUCCACAGAGAAGGCCUCUUUCCAGAGGAAGCCAUCUUGGUGACCUCUACCAAGCCCCUCCACACUCCUAUCUUACGAAUGUAAAGAAAUGAUAAGUUAUUAAUAAAUUGCUAUUUUGUCUACA